UUUGAUGUUCUUUCUGCCGGAUUGGAUCUCGAGUUUGACGCUGAUGUUAUACCUACUUCUGCUGAGCCCUGCAACUAUGAAACAAUCUAUCUAACUUCGCACAAAUCUGCCUGUCGUACAGCGGCAUUCAAUAACGACGGUACAUUGGUGGCUACUGGCUCGGCAGAUUGUUCGAUUAAAAUUUUGGAUGUUGAAAGAAUGAUCGCUCGCGAGGUAAGAGGUGAAAUAAGCGAAAACGGACCAGACGCCAAUCAUCCUGUUAUUCGGACGUUGUACGACCACCUUGAUGAAGUAACCGUUGUGACUUUUCAUCCGCGUGAACAAAUUCUGGUAUCCGGUUCCACUGAUAAAACUGUCAAGCUUUUCGAUUUCUCGAAAACAGCUGUGAAAAGGGCUAUGAAAACACUUUCGGAAGUGUUCCCGGUUCGAGCCUUGUCGUUCCACCCCGGUGGAGAAUUCUUGUUAGUUACAACCGAUCAUCCUACUAUCCGUCUUUACAAUGUAGAAACGGCUCAGUGUUUCGUGUGUUCUGCACCAGGUGACCAGCACAAGGAUGUGGUCAUGGAU